GCAUUGCGUAGUAGAAUGCGGUCCGUCGGAAGGUUGGUGUUCCUGUUGGGUGUGGCCGUCGCCGUUGCAGGAGGGUUGCUAGCAGUUCCGGCGAGCGCAGGUGUGGCUGACAACCGAAUCGAUCACUUCGGAACGGGUGACGAUGGCGACGGUUGCAAGUUGCCCGACUCGCUGGCGGAAGAGAUUCGCGGUUAUCAGCCGAUCGUGAACAAGAUCGUCGAUAAGAUUGUGAACGGUGAGUUCGCCGGUCGCACCUGGGACGAUCUGGCGGAACUCGUAGAUACGUUCGGAGCCCGGGUGGCCGGCAGCGAGCAGCUUGAGAAGGCGAUCGAUUAUGUGAUCGAGCGCAUGAAAGCGGACGGUCUGGAGAAUGUGCACACCGAAAACGCGUCCGUGCCGCACUGGGUACGAGGGUACGAGAGUGCCGAGCUGGUGAAGCCGUUCCGCAAGAUCCUGCCGCUGCUGGGACUCGGGAGUAGCGUCGGCACACCGCGGGGCGGCAUCAUCGGCGAAGUGCUGGCCGUAGAGUCGUUCCAAGAGUUCGAAAACAUUCCACCCGAGCAGGUGAAGGGAAAGAUCGUCGUGUUUGCACCGCAAUGGGAAGGGUACGGGCGGACGGUGGUCUACCGCAGCCAGGCCGCUUCGGUGGCUUCACGCAAGGGGGCCGUGGCUGCGCUGGUUCGAUCGAUCACGCCGUUCUCGAUCGGUUCCCCGCACACCGGUCAGCAGUACUAUCAGGAUGGCGUGAAGAAAAUUCCGGCCGCUUGCAUUACGGUCGAAGACGCACAGAUGCUGCUGCGUAAGUACCGACGGGGGGACGUGAUGGAAAUCCAUCUGGAAAUGGAGGACCGACCCAUGGAGCCGGUGAUUUCCCGGAACACGGUGGGGGAGCUGGUAGGGACGAGCUUCACCAACACGUCGGUGGUGGUCGUUUCGGGCCACCUGGACAGUUGGGACGUUGGCGUUGGGGCGAUGGACGAUGGUGGCGGGGCAUUGAUCUCGUGGAAGGCGCUCGCGUACCUGAAGGGCCUCGGUUUACGGCCCCGCCGAACGAUUAGGGCCAUCCUGUGGACGGGCGAGGAGGAAGGGCUGUACGGUGGGGCCGCCUACAAGGAGGGCCACAUGGCCCAGGAGCAGAAGGAGUUUAAUUUUUUCUUCGAAUCCGACAUCGGCACGUUCGAGCCACGGGGACUAGACUUUGUCGGCAACGCGGACGCGGAGUGUAUCUUCCGGGAGAUCGUCAAACUAAUGUCGCCCCUGAAUGCGACCGAGUUCGCCACACCGACCGACGGCGGGCCGGACAUCAGCCACUGGACAUCACGUGGGUUUCCGGGGGCUUCGUUGUUGAACAAAAAUGAGAAAUAUUUCUGGUUCCACCACUCGGCAGGCGAUACGAUGGCCGUUGAGGAUCGCAAGAGCUUGGACAAAUGCGCUGCACUGUGGGCUGCGGCCGCCUACGUUGUGGCCGAUUUGAGCGUCAGCAUGCCAAAGGAGGUCCACCAGUGAAGGCGGACACACACCGGGAUCGUUCUUUCAGCAGGCAGAAUAUAGAUCGCGUCUUCCCGUUUCUAAUAUUUUGCAUUUUAUAUUUCUUCGCCUUAGCUGUUGGGUUGCCGUCGUCAUAUGUUUUCUUAAUUCUUAUAUUUGUAUUUCCGUCCUCUGACCGUCGUCGUCUAAUUUCCGUCUCGCUCUCGUAUCUCUCUCUCUCUGUCUGUCUGUCUGUCUGGCCCGGUAGUAGUGGUUGAACUAUAGCAAUUAGUGUUAGAUGAGUGCUGUUGCCUCGCUUUGUUUCCGGAUGCUUAUCGCUCGUUUCGCUUCCAAACACGUACAUUAAACGUAAACGCUCAACUCAACGCCGGAACAGCCGCCAACCGCCAUUUUCCGCACAGCGGCUAGUGCUGUUCCGUUUCGGUAACAUUUCGUUUGCCUAAUACCACAGCAACUUAACAAACAUUCAUGUAUAAUACUUUGCCUUUUAAGUUUCCGGGGAAGUCCGAGGCCGAACCCCGCCGUUCCGUAGGGCCCGUUAUCUAGUUCUCUAAUCAGCAGUCAAUCGGUUUCUCUGAACGUUACAUAUUUUCAUUGUAUAUUUCUUCGGUUUUAUGUUUGCCAUCGAUUCGGUCUGUCUGCCGUGUGUGGUGUGGUGUGUGAUCGGGGUGAUCUUAAAUCUGUUUGGCUAUACACGUGAAGAGAAGAGUACAGGAGUACAGGGUGUGAAACGCGCGCGCCACCGAGUACUCGGCG